AAACUUCAACAAAGUUUCUUUCAGAAGUGUCAACAAAGCGAUUCUAGUUAUAAAAAUUCAAGUUUUUUAAAUUAAAUAUUACAUGAAAUCUCACUGAAAUGCCUAAACCUGUGUGCGUACAGUGUAACACGAAUGAUUCUUUACUUUGGCGAAGCGCAGAGAAUGGACAAAUAUGUAACGAAUGUCAUUUAUCGAAUACCAUAAAAAAGGAAUCAAAAUCAGACUCUGCAGUGGCGAAAUCUGAAAGUGAUGAGAAAACAGAAGAAAAAGAUAACGAAGGAAAGAACGGUAAAGGUGAUGAGUCUACGCCCGCUAAAGCUACAGGAAAAGGAACAAGGAAAAGUACUAGAGCGACUAGAUAUAAGUCUAAAACUCCCGCACCGUUUUCCAAAACUUCUGCGCCGCGGGGCAGAGGUCGACGAAGCAUUUUUAAACGGCAGCCAUUAAAGGCUCCGACAGCUACAGCCACUGUAGUCACCAGUGAUUCUAUAUUUUAUAAGGGUAGUUAUAUGCAAGUAGGUGAUAUAGUUUCCAUGAUAGGUGUAGAAGGUGGCACAUAUUACGCUCAAAUCCGUGGCUUUUUGACGGACCAGUAUUGUGAGAAGAGUGCUGUCAUAACCUGGUUAAUACCGACCAGGGCCAGUCCACCUCCUGAAGAGGGUUUUGAUCCUGCCACAUAUAUUAUUGGUCCUGAAGAGGAUUUGCCGCGUAAAUUGGAUUACAUGGAAUUUGUAAUGCACGCCCCUUCUGAUUACUACAAAGAUAGUAAAAGCCCAUACCCAGUAAGUGAUUCGAAACUCAAUGAUUACAGUGGAUUUAUCUGGACCACAUUAGAACCAAAAGAAAAAACACAUUAAUAACAAUUUCUGUUAAGUUUAUUAUAGUUAUGCAAUAUAUGACUUUUUUAAUUCA